AUGAGCCCCCCUUCUCCCAAGAAGAAGAAUGGCGGUCCCUCUGCCCCCAGACAAAUCCGCUUUGUCGCAACUGAUGGGCAGCCGCAAACCAAGCGCCGUCGCGUUAAUGCCGCCCCAUCGAUUGCGGAGAUGUUGCUGAUAGAGUAUAUGUGGGAAGUGUGUAAGACUUGCUCUGACUACAAGCAUGUAUGUCUUGGAUACACCGAAUCGACCGCGCACCUGCGAACGCAGUCCGAUUCCGCAUCGCGAGCGCCGCCGCGCCUUUCCGCUCCUAAUGAAUCGACAAGCCAGCACACUUCUCGGGCAGUUGAAAGCAGCUCCCCUGAACCAAUGCCAAUGCCGAUACCCAAGGCGCCCGCGGAUAAACCCACCAAGACGAAAGCGCCCGGAUCGAAGGAUAUCUCUUCUUUGGGGGAUAUUUCUUCACUCGUGAAGGAAUCAGAUACACAAGCUGUCGGAGACAGUCCAGCGAGCGGUCGUACCUCUGUGAGCUCAGCGAGUCGCACGCAUGUCCCGUAUUUUCGAUAUUUUGGCCCCACCGCGAUUGUACCGGGGUUCAAACAAAUGGUUGUGCAAGUUCGAGGUUCUCGCCGGAGUAACCCAUCCAUGUCCUCAGACUCCCCUUCGCCUCUUCGGAGCCCCAAGCCGUCUGAUAUUCCCGCAAGACCCCUGGUCACUGUCGCGGAUAAUCGAGACAACCGCGAUGCAAAUAUCCCAUUUUAUGACCGAGAUGAUACCCUUCCAGUUUCGAAUCUUGUAUCCCAUCUGUGCGAACUCUUCUUUGCCCACCUGGGCUGCAGCUUUCCUUUCCUACAGCGAGAGAGGUUUCUUCAGGACCUCAAAGAGAAAAAGGUUGACACCAUGUUGGUAGAUGCAGCUCCUCCUAUUGAUCGCUCGCAACCCCUACUCGCCGAUAAAAAGUGGGAUCGUGGUCUGCCCUUUGGUCAUCGUGCGAUGAGCGCUCUCGUGGAUUCGUUACCAUGUCCAACUCUCUCUGCCGUUCAAGCCUGCUUAUUGCUCGCCUAUGAACAGUUCGGAUCAAAUCAUGAUAGUGGACUCUGGAUGUAUCUUGGAAUAUCAAUUCGCAUGGCCCAGGACCUUGGAUUGCAGAAGUUCCAAGGCCUCAAACAUAAUUACGGCAGAACCGGCGUCACACCGAGUGAAGUGAUGACAGGUCAUGCUGGGAAACUAAGAGAGGAACAGUAUGAUGAUCUUGAUGUGCAUCUAACGUCCAAGACUAAUCCACAGCCUUCGGCUGAGGAACGUGCCCGGGAGCGCGAACGGGUAGACUCAUUCUGGAGCAUCUUUUUUCUAGACCGGGUCAUUUCUUCGGGGACCGGGAGGCCAGUGACACUGCGCGACGAGGAUAUUGAACUUUGUUUCCCUCUUCAAUCCGAAUCUCAGCUGUCAAAUGGGUGGCCUGCGCCUUUCCCACCACUUAUUCGGAUCAUUCAUCUCUACGGCCGGGUGACCGACCUUAUCAAUGGUAUCCAAGAUGUCAAGCUAGUCACGCCGGACACGUUGAAGAUGUUAGCUGGGAUGGAAAGCGAUUUAACUGGCAUCUAUCAACGCUUGUCCCCAAGACUCCAUUUCAACGCAGCCAAUUUUCAAGCCUAUGUCAAAGCCAAGGAGGGAACCAACUUUAUUCUACUCCAUUUUUGGUUCCAUACUCUCAUUGUUCUCCUCCACCAACCGACGUUGUUAAACUCGUUUGGGGGAUCAAUCCAACAUCUCUAUCCGAAUAGUCGCGAGCUGUCGAUGUCAUCUGCCAAAACUAUUGCUGAUAUCCUGUCCUUCUCGGAGCUCGUCGAUGGAAAAAGUUUCAUUGGCAACCCUUUUACGAGUCAGCCGAUGUACAUUGCGGCAUGCGCAUUUCUCAUGGAAAGUGCGUACUAUGCGUCCCCAUCCUCGGCGGCUGGAUCAACCCCACCCCAGCCGUUGUUGGCAAAUCAAUCCAGUGGGUUUGUGAUGCCCACCAUGGAGUCCUCAAAUGGGACAGAACGGAAGUCUACAGCGAAGCAUAUUCUGCUUGCUUCUGCCGCCAGGGAGAACUACCAGCGGUGUUACAAGGCUUUGAAAGCACUCAAUGCGUACUGGGAAGGCACUGGGUAUAUUUUGACAGUGUUGGAUCAGAAAGCCAAGGGUAUUGUCGAUCCCCUCCUCUAUGCUGUAGAGGAUAUGGAAAAUACUGCAGGUAUCGCCCCAGGGCAGCCUCUUGGGACAGGAGCUUGGCGUGCGGGCAAAGCAUCGGCGGACUCUGGCUUUGAUCCGGAAAGACCAGCUGGGGUUGCAGAUAUCUCAUCUGAUGGAAAGUGGUCACCACACAUUGAUCCAAGUCAAGCUAUUGGAUGGGCACUCACUGGAGCAACAAAUUCUUCGCUGCCCAACUUGAGCCUGCUCUAUCAGAUGUCCACGACUGAGGCCGAGUCUCCAUCCAAUCGACCAACAUACUCGUCGCAGUACAGCCACAGCUAUCCAGUCCUACCAACAAAUGUUAGCGAAGGGCCAAGCCCUUCAUAUCCGCAAUCUAUCGCAUCAGCCAGGGUUCACGAGGAAAUUACGUCCUCACUCGCAACAGCAAAUGCUAAAUACUCCAAUAUUCAGUCCAGAACAAUUAGCAGUGACCCGUCUUAUUAUAUGGGCAUGAACCCAACAUAUCCCGAAUCAAAUACGCGGACAACACGCCCCAUACGGACAUCACAGUCUACUUUCCCCGGUGUGCUAUCCUCUGGAUUACCAAUAUCACAUAUGGGCACCCAGCCCUCCGCCUAUAAUUACUCGAUGCCUCAAACGACAACCGAGCACCAAACCAGAAACCCAAUGGGGUCUCGUGAUCCAGGUGCAGAUCUUCAACCGGCCAUUGAUGAUGCCAAUGGUAUGAUGAUUGGGAGUCAUGAGGUCGAUAUGAAUUCUAUCCACCAUCAGGAAUCUUUCCCUUUCGCUAACGGCGAGAUCCUUCCGUGGCUGGAAUACCUCCCUCAAGAUGUUCUGAGUUACUUCGGGGAUCAUCAAAACUAUCCGCUUAUGAGCCCAGAUGAUGUGUCACGGCCUCCGUAA